AUGCCUGGAAUCAUCUACCCCACUCUCCAAUCUGGCCUCCUCCGCCUCCCAACAGAACUCCGUCUCAGAAUCUACGAAUAUGCCCUAUCUGUCCCCAACGAAUACAGCAAUGAACGCCCUAUGAUCGUGGUCAACGACCGCGGCAACGCAUUCACCUCUCGCGGCCGUUACCGUGCCCUCCAAAUGUGUCCAAGCUGGGAAAACGACGACGGUACGACCCGCAAGCUCCUCCGUGUCAACCGUCUCAUCCACGACGAGGCAGAGGAUUUCCUUUACUCGCACAACACACUGUUCUUCCGUAACUCGUUUGAUCUGGACCGGAUGGGUGCGUUUCUCGAUACGCUUAGUGCUACUGCGCGCAGUCGCAUCCGCAGCGUGGGAUUCGAGGUGUACUUCUUCGUGCAUUCGCAGACAGGCGUGCCUAAGCGAACUCUGAAACAGUACGAGCAAGCGGGUCGUUUAUUGCAAGAGAAAUUACCACGGUGGUCGACUGUACUGUUUUAUCUUGAUCCGCGGUUUUAUUACCCAUCUGCGACGGUUGGUGGACGGGAGCUUUCUGCUCGGGGAGUUCUGUAUCUGGCAACGAGAUUCGGAGCCAUGCGCAAGGAGGUACAUUUCUUCCCUGUGCCGGGUAUCCAUCGGCAUGUCAUGGAUGAAGCGCAGAGGUUGCUGCGACGGGGGAGUCGUGGGUCUCAGGAGAGGCCGUCGCUGUGA